AUGGCAACAAACAAGAGUCGUUCAUCGUCCUCAGCAACACGUCGUUUAGAUGAAAAUAUUUUAAAGACUUCUACAAGAAAUAAUUUUCACAUACAAAGUAUUCCACCACUUUCACUCCAACAAUAUUUACGUUAUGCUUCUGGCGUAAUUGCUGGUGGUAAACAAUGGCAACCAUCUGGGAAAUAUCGUCCGCCUCCAUUUCGUCUUUAUUUAUCACCUGAAACUCGAAAACAACCAUAUCGACCUGAACCUAUAUGGCAUCCACCCGGACCUUAUCGAGAUAAACGACCAACAUCACUUAGUCCAGAAACAAAAAAAGAAAAAACUAUUCAAGAACCUGUUUGGCAUCCACCAGGACCAAAACGAGAAAAACCUGUACCUUAUUUUGAUGCACCUAGUUUACGAUGGUCACUUCAAGAUCUUUUACGAUCAAUGCCUGAUAUGAGAACACAAACACUUCGUUCAUCAAGUAGUAUGUCACGCUUACGAAAAAGUGAAGCUAAUUAA